AUGCUCGGAUUUCAUUAUAUGCUCUUUUGCGUUUUCCUUCCCUCCUCAUCAUCAUUUCCUCCUCCUUCUUCAACUCAACCAGAUCUAACGGCAAAAACUAACGACGACGUGGGGAACUCUACACAAGAUCCUGCAGAUGGCAGUAAUGAUCACGUUGAUGCGCCCGCGAACGGCGAUGGAAAAGACAUCGAGGAUGAAGAAGAUGACUACUACGGUGAAGAAAGCAUCGUCGCAUACCUCAAUGCCCUUUACCAUAUGAUUAUCGCCAAACACGAAGCGCCACGCUCAGGCCGUAUACCCGGCCUCAAGUAUGGCAAUACACUGUUCGAUCACCAGAAGCAUGCUGUGGGAGCCACUUUGCGAUCGCUCGCUGGCCCUCUCAAGGGCAUGAUAUUGGGAGAUCCUCAGGGCUUCGCAAGACCCCGAUAG